AAAGGCUUGUCUCAGCCCUGAAUAUAUUGUCAGACAACCAAGGAAGUUACUCUGCAUCAGUGCAUCACCUAUGUAGUUAUGCGGGAAGAGAAGCCCGGUCUUAUCCUUUUUUUUUUUUUUUUUUUUUUUUUUUUUUUAAAUAAAAACAAAGGCAAGCACACUAUCAAGGUAACUAAGAGGAUUGCAACGGAUGUGGCAGGUGGCGUCUCCCGAGGAGUACCAGAAGAAUCGAGUUUUAAGGGGGCGGGCCGCUGGAAGUGCGUGGUCUCGAAGGGGGGGCUUGAAAUCAUCAUCGGUGGCUUGCUUUUUCGCGCCUGUCGCUUUUUUUUGGGGGCGGGACGGAUUGAGAAACAGCAGAACAAGCAGAGCAACAUCUGUGCUGAGUCAUCGCCGCGUUUCUGCAGGGCAGGCGCGGGUUGUUUCACGGAGCGUGAUUGGUCCAGCAAAGACAUGCGAUCGCGUCGGGCGUAUCCAGAUCGGGAAUAGCGCAAGGACCGUGCUAGUCUGUUUUUGGGGGCAGGCGACUCCUCGCAGCCAAUCACCGCGCAGGGCCGCCCCCCACGCCAGGCGGUCAGCCAGUCGAUCGGCGAUGCUGAUUGGCCAGCACCCCUUUUCAUUUGCUUUCCUUUCUUUUUUCUGCCCUGCUUCCAUUUUUCCGCCUAAGAGGAUGCAAGUCGAGGCCCACACCCUCUCUGUUUUGUGUGUGUGAGCGAGAGAGUGAGAGUGAGAGAGGGAGGAGUGUGUGUUGUGUGUUGUGUGUAAGAGAGAGAAGUGUCCCUUCGGCCCAUCCGCAGCGAGUGGCCGCCGCCCGCCCCCCCGGACCUCACCUGCCACAUCGUCCGGCGUUUCCCCUCUUUCUCCAUACGAUCUGUUCUUCUCUCUCUCUCUCUCUCUUUUUUCUUCUUCUGCAUCUUCCUCACCCACUCACUCUCACACACUCUCUCUCUCUCUUCCUCACUCCAUCUCCUCUUUUUCCCCCCUUUUUUGUCUUCCUCCGCCCCCCAUCUCCUGUUACCUUUUCGCUGCUGGCUUCGAUCACUUCCCUCCUUGCUCUCUUUACUUUUUUAUUUAUUUAUUUAUUUCUUUUUUAUUUUUCUUUUCUUUCUCCUGGCUUUUAGAAAACUCACCUCUCCCCGUCAAAAAGUUCCAGCCGACGAGCCUUGCCGCCGUGUUCUGUCGCGCAACCCGUUCUUUGACCUCCCCCUGCCGCCUCUCCCAGAGCCACUCCCGUUUUCCUCAAAGCAAAUAACAUCCAUCUGUCUUCCCCUUCCGAAGAAAAAGAAAAAAAAAGAAAAAAAGAAAAAAAAAAGAAAAGGAAGGAAAGAAAGAAAGAAAGAGACAAAGAUCAAUCAACCAUCAAAACCAGUUUUUUUUUCUCCCUUUCUCCCACCUGGAGCUCGUCCUCGUGAUUGGAUAAUUUUCGUUGCUCGGGUCCUGUCCGUCUUGUCAACUUCGUCGAAAAAAGGCAAAAAAAAAAAAAAAAAAAGGAAAAAAAAGGGUCUCUUGAAACCCAACCUAACCCUAAUCCUUGGGGUUGUUUUGCCGCCUUCAAUCCCGACCUUUUCCAGCCACUGCGUUCGAACGACUCCGAUCUCGCUUUCUACGGUCUCCUUGCCUCUUGAAAAUUGUUUCUAUCAUUUUAUCUCUCUCUCUCUCUCUCUCUAUCUCUCACUGUCUCGUUCGAUCCGUCGUGAUAUCCGCUCUCCUUCUGUCCUCUUGUCUUUUAUCCUUUUAGUUUUAUUUUUUUUUUUUUUUUCCGUUUUUCCCUCAGUAGCUGUGCCUCGACCGCUGUGCUCUCCCGUGAGAUUGCCGUGCAACCUCUCUCUCUUCCCUCGAAAUUAGUCGCGCGCAUCGUAUUUGAAUUCUCGCCAGAAGGACAAAAACAAAAAUCUUUUAUCUGGCUUUGGAUGCAAGAUUCGUCUUAUCGCUCUUCUCGAAAAACGACUUGCAAAUCGCGUCCCGACAUCUUUAUAUUCCGUUCCGCUGUACAUUCAUUUUUUUUUUAUUAAUUUUUUUUUUCUUGUUCUCGCUGUGACGUGAAGUUUUGACAGUUGGACAGUCAGGAUUCUCGCGGUCCUCACCUUACGAAAUUUUCUUCGACGCCCGAGGCCUCGCCGCUUAGUUGUACCAUAACACCCCCCCACAAGUGCAUUGCGCUUUGUUAAUCGCUUAAUUCGAUCCUCCAUUUCCUUGUUGCUGCGAUAAUCCGUGAAUAUACAACGCAUUUCCCCCGUCGAGACCCUCGACGGCCUUAAUCCUCCUAUCUAAUAUACCCGCCGGUUACGAUUUCCAUCUCUCGCCAUAUCAUUUACACGGUUGUGAAUUUGUUGGCACCCUUUGCAUAUACCGAAACCCCCUCAACCCCAAGAAAAAA